AUGGAAGGCGAGAAUAUUUGGUCAAAUCCCCUGCCCGUGGAGGGAAGUGCAUGGGAGGGUGGACUCCGUUGGGGUGAUUCGCACGCUGCAGUGGGGGAUUUGCGGAGAGAACAGUGUGACAAAAACGCGGGUGAUUCUAUUGAGGGGGAUGCAUGGACGUUUGACGAUACCGAAGGUGCGGGGUGUGAUGACGAGGUGGUGGGGAGCUGGGUGGGUGAGAUGAACGAGGGCGAUGGGGAGGUGGAGGAGGAGAGAAGCGAGGUAUGGGAAGGAGGGAUGGGACUGGGAAUGGGAAUGUGUUUUGACAGCACGUGGUCUCAUGGUGCGUCAGCAUUCCCUCCAGGAGCUGCUUCUGCUGAAUUUGAGCUUGCUCAAGCUGCUGAACCUGCUGGGCCUGCCAGUGAAAGUGCUGCGUCCGCUGCUGACAAUGCAGCAAGGCGGUCCAGAGGCAGGAACAGCACUGCGGGUGGGGCAUUCGCCAGUGCCGCGCCUACCACUGGUGCUGCUGCUGCUGGUGGGGCGUGCUGGAGUGCGGAGGAGGUGAAGCGGCUUCUGGCGGCUCUGGAGCAGCAGAGCCAACGCGUGUUGCUGGCGCAGCAGAAGCAGCAGCGGAGCAGGGAGUGGGGCCACUUGCAGGGGCAGCAGGGGGUUGGCGAGUAUAGAGACGAGGUUGAGCGGGUGCUGCAGGGAGAUGGUGCAGGAAGGUGGAUGGGGAUAGGUGAGGGUGAUGAUGUGGGUGGUACGGAUGUGGUUGAUGAGCUGGCGAGGGGUCAUGCUGAGCUGGCGGGGGAGGUGGAUGAGGUGGCGGAUGCGGAUGAGCGACUGAAGCAGAUGGUAGCCAAGGCUGCCAGGCAACUGGACGAGGACCCCUUCUCCCCCGCAAUUGCUGUUUCUGCGACCACUGCUGCUGCUACUGCUGAUGUGGCUGCUCCUGAUGCUUCUCCAGCUCCUGCUGCUCUUGCUCUUGCGGAUCCUUCCGGUAUGACCGCUGCCACCACCGAUGCAGCUACUCUGCCUGCCAUUGCUCCUGCUGGGGAGCCCACAGCCAAUACAAUCACACCUGCCGUUUCUCCCACCAGCCCCUUACACUCAAAAGAGAGUGACAAUAGCGGAAGCCUGACUGGUCACCUAGGGAGCGAAGGCGUGGGAGGUUCAGGGCGGGGAGAUGAGGGUGGGACGUUCUUUGACGAGGCGAAGGAGUUGGAGCGAGAGCUGGUGGCCCGAUGGGGUCGAGGCGGGGAUAGAGAGGCCGGGGAAGCGGACUCUGAGUGGGCGCAAGGGGGCGUCAAGGGCGAGGCGAGAGAUGGGGGGAGGGGAGCGGCAAGGGAGGAUGGGGAGAGUGCGAGGGGAGGAGAGGAGGAGGAAGAGAGGACGUUCUUUGAUGAGUUGGAGGGGCUGCAGGAGGAGCUGCAGGGGUUGACGUUGGGGGAGGGGUUUGUGUCGAGUGCAAAUGAGGUAACAGAGCCGGAUAGAGGUACCAGCGCCUGCAACAGUGUUAUUGUUACCACUGGGACCAGCAAUAGCAGCAAGAGCACCCGCUCUGACUUCUCAUUUGAAGGCGCAUGCUCUUUUGCCACAGGCUCUGGCGCUCGUGAGAGGCCUCAACCCGCACGUGGGGAGGGCAGCCACACAAUCCCCCUCGCUUGCACCCGUGACCGCGCCCAGUUGUCCCCAACACCACCUGAAGCAGCGUUUCCAGCACUGCUUGAAACAACACCAAGGGCAGUGCUGGCUGGUGGUGUGCAGGAGAAGAGUGGAGGGGCGGUGGGGGCUCAACGAGUGGAGCAGGGGAGGGUGCAGCGGGGGAAGGCUCAGCUGGGCUCACGGAGUGGUGCCAAGGGGAGGCUGAGAGGUGGGGGUUUCAAACGGGGGUUUCUGCUGGGUGGGGAGGGCAGGACAGGGAAGGAGAAGGGUAAUGGUGUGGUGGGUGAGAGUGUGGUGGAGGGAACGUGGAAGGAAGGAGGUGGUGAGCGUGCCAGCCGUGCCAGUGGGGACAGUCGUGGUCCCUCGCACGCCACACCUGCUGCAACCCCCACGGACGAGGCGCAAGCAGCAUUCGCCUGUGUGCACCCGCUCUGCAUGGCUGUGGUGGAUGCGCGGGGGGACCACCAGCAGCUGCCACGUGUCAUCAAGCGAUUGGAGGAGGCGAUUGGGUGCAAGGACGUGCCAGUGGGGGGGCUUCAAGCAUGCCUCGAGUUUCUCCUGUUCCCACUCUUGCUUGUGCUGUCUCCACCUGCCCCUACCUCCAUUCCCUCCUCCGCACCCACCUCCCUCUCUCUCGUGAGUCCCACCGCUGCCCCUUCCAAGCCGCCUGCUGCAGCUGCACCAGGCGAGGCUAAGCCCAGCAGCACAGAGAACGAGAGUGUUUCUGGAAUUGUGCCAUGUGGCAGGCAGCGAGUGGUGGAAGCAGCGCUCAGCUGCAUGCACGUGGCGCUGACCCGCUGCUCCGUGCGAUCGCACGACCAGGCCGCCUCCCUCCUCCGCUUCCUCGCCUCUGCCACCACCCCCACUCCCCAACCACCUCCCACCUCGAAUACUAACCCAAGCGAGCAGGAGGCAGCGCCUUUGCUGGGUCACCUACUCUCUAACAUGCUCUCUGCAGCUGAGGCGGAGGCUCGGCUGGGCACGAGGGGCAGCCAGGUGGUGCGAGUGGAGGCACUGCGGGCCGUGCACCUGCUCGUGGCUGCGGCGCACACACCCGAUGCGCUCGCCUUCUUCCUUCCGGGGAUCCUCAGUGGCCUCUCCCGCGCCGCCCUCUCCCCCUUCUCCCCGCCCUCCAAUGAGCCGCUGACACGUGGCGCUGCAGCGGACCCCUCAGCAGUGGCCGAGGCGCUGCUUGGGCUGUCGCAGGCUCUAGUGCUGGUCAUGGGGGAUGCUUGUAACGAGGAUGGGCAUGGAAGGGUUUCUUAUAACGAGGAUAAAGGGCAGCAGCAAAGAGGACGGGAAGGGAAGGUGGGAGGGGUAAAGAGGAGUGGUGGAAGGGGAGUGGGACGGGAGGAGAAGAGGGAGGAGAGUGAGGAGGGGAGUGAGAGUGGGGAGACAGAGGAGGAGAGAGCUUUGAGUAUGCUGCAGCAAAUGGUGGGUCGCAUGGAGGGGCGGAAAGGGGAGGGGAGUAAGGGAGGUGGGGAAGGAGAGGAGGAUUUGUUGGGAGAGCCGGUGAUGUCAGCAGGGGAGCUGCAGGGCGACAAGGCGAGCGGCACAGCAGGGACGAGGGAAGGCGCGGUGAUUCUGAGGGAAGUGAGUGUGAGGAGGCGGCAUGAAGAAGAGAGAAAUACCCCACGGGCACACGUGGGAACGGGUAUGGGGCGUGGGGGGGCAAGAGGUGCAGGGGAGGGUGGCAGGGGAGGAGACGGCGGAGCGAGGGGGGCAGGAGGCGGGGUGGGGAGAGGGAUGGUGGUGCUGAGGGUGGAGAGGGACGAGGCAUGGCACAGGGAGACAGGCGCCAAGGUGCUCGUGCUGCUGCAGAAAGUGCUUCCCAAGGUGAGUUCUCACCGCACCGUGCUGCUGCCGUCCUCCAUUCCUCGCCUGACCAGCGCUCACCUCGCCUCCCCCACACGCACCUGCAGCGUUGAAUUCCGUCCUCUUUUGAGACGUCUCAAAAGUCGCUUGGCCUGCAGAAUUCCGUCCUCGCUCUGCAACCACCCACCACGCUCAUACUCCUCCCCCUUCCUCGCUCUGCAACCACCCACCACGCUCAUACUCCUCCCCCUUCCUCGCGCUUCCCACUGCCUCCCCAACUUGGACAUCACACCUCCCCCGGUUCCCUCUUUUCUUCCUCCCCCCGCCCCCCCCACAGCUGCUGCACUUCCCCGCCCCCAAGGUCCGCUGUGCCCUAUCCGACCUGCUGGGGGAGCUGCUACAGCGCUGCUCCUACUCCCUCUCCGCCUCCCGCCCUCUGCUGCUCGUGAGUCCCUAAGUUUCUGUGCCCUCUGUCUGUCCAUCCUGUCGCUGUUUGGGAAGAGCUGUGGUGAGCAGCACCAACACCAGCACAUGCGUCAUCUCGCACCCGUCGCUGCACUCGCCUCUCCUCCUCCUUGCUUCUCCUCCUCCUUGCUUCUCCUCCUCCUUGCUUCUCCUCCUGCUUGCUUCUCCUCCUGCUUGCUUCUCCUCCUCCUUGCUUCUCCUCCUCCUUGCUUCUCCUCCUCCUUGCUUCUCCUCCUCCUUGCUUCUCCUCCUCCUUGCUUCUCCUCCUCCUUGCUUCUCCUCCUCCUUGCUUUCCAAAAAUGUCUCUCUCACACAUCCGCUGCCCGCCAGUACUUUGGGUGGGGGAGAGGAGAGUGCCUGCUCCUCCUCGCCUCUGACGACUGGCCCUCUGUCGCCUCCUCUGCUCGCCGCCUCCUUGCCCGAGUCGUCAUCACCCACCCCACGCCAGCGCCACCAUCAUUAUUACCAUCAGUAGCAGCGGCUACUGGUGGGGCAGUGCGGCAGCAGUGCACAAGAGCAGGGUGCAUUGAGGUGGCUACUGACAAUCUGGUAGAGCUGGUGGAGAGGCACAUGGCAUCCCUCGCAACUCCCGCCCCGCCCACCACUCUCUCAUCCACCUUCUCCCUGCCCCUCCACUCCCCGCUGCUGACAUCGCCCAUCCUCUCCCCCUCCAUCUCCCCCGUCUCCUCCCCCUCUCACCUGCAAGCCACCACGGCCUCUCUCCGAGUGCUCUCAGCGGGUCUCAUCACAGCAGGGCCUCUGCCCUCGGCCCACCACAUCCUAGACCCGGCCUUCUCUGCACGCCUCUCCACUGCCAUCUCUCUGCAUAUGCCCUUUGCUCCCGGCAGCCCCCACACGCUCGACUCCUCCCCUGCUCCUGCCCUCGCCCUUCCACCACUGCUCGGCUCAGCUGUUGCGUCAGGUGAAUCCCCAGCGCUGCGCUCUGUAGCCACAGGAGAGGAGAGCGAGGAGGAGCGAUGGCGACGGUGGUUCUGGGUGGUAUUGGAUCAUCGCGAGGGGCGGCACAACCUGAAUGGAUCAUCUGACCUCAGUGGAGCAUCAGAGCCCUCAGUUGAGGAGAAGGAGAGGGAGGAAGAGGAGCAGAGAGCUCAGUGGCUCAAGGCAGUGGCGCAAAGGGAGGACAGGUGGCAUGCGGUGGUUGGUCCGGUGGUGCGGUCAGUGCUGGGGGAGCUGCUGAACGAGGACCUGUGGGAGCUGCCUGUGGACGUGACGCAGGGGGGAGGGAGAGUGGUGCAGAGCGGUGCUGGGGGGGAAUGGAUGGGUGAGGAGGAGCGGAGGGGGAUGAUGCGUGCUCCUCCUCUCCCUCUCAGCAGCGCUCUCAGCCCUCGGUCAAUCACAUGCCACAAACUCCGGUGCGCUGCGCCGCGCCUUCCCUCCACUGCUGCGCUCGCUCGCCUCUCCCCACGCCCGUGUCUCCUCUGCUGCUGCACAUGCCCUCUCCGUCAUCACCCGAUCGUUCGGGUACCCCUCGGUGCGUCACCUUCCACCCCUCUUCUUUCUCCUCCACUCAUUGUCCUCACCCACCCCUACACCCUUGUCUUUUCUGCUGCUGUGGCCCAUGCAAUAACCACGCUGCUGUGCGAUCCCCUCAUGCCUGUCGCUGCCUGCGUGUGCCUCCUCAUCGCAUCUCCCACCUCCCAUGCAGCUGCCUGCCUUGGUAGCAGGCAGGCAACAUGGACUCUGCCAUUGCCACUGUGUGCCAUGGCCCGCCCUCACGCCUGUCACCACCUGCUUCUGCCCUUCCUGCUAAUCUCCCUCCCUCUUAUGCAGGUGGCACUGUUGGUAGCAGCCAACAUGGACUACGCCAUCGCCACUGUGUGCACCGGCCUCUCCACCCUCCACUGCCACCCCUCCGCGCCCUGCCUCCUGCUCGCCCUCAUGCACCUCCUGCCCCUCGUGCCUGCCACCGCUGCCGCCCCUGUGGUGCCCGUCGCCCCUGCACUGCCUGUGGAGCAUGCAGCAGCAGCAGCAGCAGCAGCAGCAGCAGCGGUGGCAGCGCCAGCGACAGUGGCGUCGGUGUUGCCAUCGGCGUUUGAGAGCAUGCUGCCUCUCAUCAUCCACCCGAUUCGCUCUCUCCUGGCCUCACUGCAAAUCACCGCUCGUUUGCAGCACGCCCCCCAUAUAGUCACCCUCGUCCAGGUGCUCCGUGUGCUUAUGUCAGCAUGUGCCGUCGCCACAUCAGCAAAGCGCACCGAUGCCGAAGCUGCAGCCUCGGUAGCAAUAGCGGUGCUUCGGAGGGAGGAACAGGCUCGACGCAAGCAGCUUCGGAAGCUGCGGCGAGCCAAGGAGGGAUGUGGCGGUGGUGGGGAGGGGAGGGUCGGAGUUAAUUAUCUGAGCAGUCGUGAUAAGCCUGACCCGCAGCACAUCAACCGUGUUUGCCCUGAUUCUGAAGCUGCUGGCCUCGCAUCCUCUCCUGCCAGCAGUGGACCCGGGCUUGUUGCUCAAGACACAGGCAGCAGCAGCACCCGCUACCGUUGUGGCGACAGCAGCAGUGGUGGCACAGACAAUGGCAGUGCGAGGGACUCAAAGUCAUCAGGUGAUCCAGGUGAUCCAGGUGAUCCAGGUGUGCGGGCCUUGUUCACGCGCCGCAUGCAAGCUGCUGCUGCCGCCGUGCGUUGUGAGGGGCCUCUGAGUGGGACGGAGGCAGUGGAGGGGAAAGAGGACGAGGUUGAGGACGAGAUGUCCAAGGAGCAGGAGAGAGAGGGAGAGGGGAAUUCGAGUGAUGAGGAGUGGGACAACUUAGGGUCGGAUUCAAAGUCAGAGGCAGAUGACAAGGAGGAGGCACGGGAGGGGGGGAAUGCAGCUGGAGUGGGAAGCAGGCACGAGGGAAGGGAGGGGAGGGAGCAGUGGAGUGUGAGGCAUGCGCUGAGCCAGCUGUCGGAUCGCACAAGAGUGGUGGCCAUGCAUGCACAGCUGGCUGCUGCCUGCCUGGAGGCCUGUGGACCGCUCAUGGCCAGUCGGGAUGCUGAGCUGGCGCUGCUUGCUGCUGAUGUGGCGCAGGCGUCGGUGGCCGCCAUGUCAGCAGCUGAUGUGGCGCAGCGUGCGAGGGCGAAUGAGCUUGAGGCAGUGAGGGAGGUGGUUCGGUUGAGAGUGAAACGAGCCAAGACUCACCUCACUACCCUGCACGACUCAGGCUUGGGCACAGAUCCAGCCAUAGGUUGGGGGCCAGGUUUGGGUGGAGGUCCGGGGAGCGGUUUACUGGACUGGCUGGAGGAUGAUGUGGCAGGGCUACGAGCUGACCUGGCAUCUCUCCAGGAUGACGUAGCAGCCAUGCAUGACACGGAGGAUGCUCUCAAGGUGGCGGAUGCUGUGAGGGACGAGACCAAUUGGCUGCUGCCACGUGUGCACAUGAUCUGGCCCCAUGCUGUCUCUGGCCUCAAGAGGAGCCACCCUGCUCUCAUCGUCUCAUCCAUCCACGUCAUCACAGCCCUGUCCACCACGUGUGACGAUGCCUUCAUGGCCAGAAAGAUCCGGGAAGAUUCCUGGCCUCUCAUGGCCGCCCUGCUCCUCCAGGGCCCCUCUCUUCCCUCCCACUCCUCUCCCUCCUCCUCUCGCUCCUCGCCCUCCACCCCCUUCCUCGCGUCAAUCUCCUCUCGGCGUCUCACCAAUCCAAGUCCUACCACUUCAGCAUCCACUAGCACCCGCAACACUGCCACGUCAGCAUCCUCAGGUGUGGCACCUUCUGCGAGAGAGCGAGUGCGGAUGGCAGUGCUGACGUGGAUUGCGGAGGUGGCGCAAUCUGACAGGUCGAGGGAGGGCGGUGGAGUGGCACUGAGAUCAGUGGCAUGUGAUGUGAUGGUGGUGCUCAUGGCAAUGCUGGCGGAAGGGGGGUGUGGGGGAGAAGAACUAACUCAUGCUUUCUGCACUGGCAGCAGCAGCAGCAGCAGCAGCGCUCCAAGGCCAUCCUUGAUGAAAACGGCAGCUGAGGCAGCAGUAUCGCUCGGCCGUGCACACAAGGAGAAUGUCACCACGUUCCUGUCUCAGGCCAUCCAAUCUUCUGCAGCAGCCAUGGCGGUGCCGCUGGUUCGCACGACAAGCGCGGACUCUCCUCUCCGCGCACCGGCAUCCCUCAUCCCCGACGCUGAUUGCCUCGACGUCCCCACCGUCCUCGUCGUGUUACCCGACGGCUCCGUGAGACUGUACGACACGCCUCGCCUGACCGUGUGCGACGUGCUGUGCAACUACCCGAGCCACGCGCUGUCGUGCACGUCCACAGGUCCUCUUCUCCAGCAGCAGCGGGUCCUUAACCUCAACGCCACCUACUACCUCCGCCGUGUCUCCCUGCCCGCGGCGGCGGCGGCGGCGGCGGCGGAGGCUCCUUCCGCGAGCAUCGUCUCGGUGCCGGGUCUAGAUCUCCAAUGCGCGCCGUUCGCGGCGGCGCACUCCCCGCACGUCGCGGCGGGAUGCCCCAAGGAGGCUCUUGACUCGUUUUAUGCUCCUGGAGAGGAGAUUAAAAUGGCGCGGUCCGCCUCCGCGCUGAACCUCGAGCAGACUCGCGCACGAUGGGACCACGUGGCGGAGCGGAGGACUUCCAGCUGGGACGCUGCGGAUCCUGAGCCACGUCGGCAUGACGUCAGCAACGGCAUCAUCCGGGGGGAUCGGCACAUAAAUCCAAUUCUGGCCGAGGUAAGCAGCGUCAUAUAA